UGAUGAUCUCAGGGUAAAGAUGUUUCUUCAACUAAAUUCCCGCGACGAUUGCGAGAGCCAGAAAAGUUUCCCACGUAAAAACCAAACGACUACAGAACAAAAAUAAUGGGAACUUUUUAAUUUCAAGUUAACCACCGUGCCGGUGCGGUUGCGUCUGUCACCGCCUGUCUCCAACCCUACCAGAAGCCGAAGCCACAGCCACACUACUUUUUCUCACCGAAUCUGUCUCCGCUAUUCCCUUGGAUCGAACAUGCAGCGCAAUGGUCUCAAUGGCUUUUGAUUCCCAUCUUCUCCAGCAGCCGUCUGGAACCCGACGUGGUCCCAUGUAAUUCCAGCCCCUCUACAUUGUGCUUGCUGAAGCCCAUUUAUUGAACCCUACCAGCCAAACCCUGUUUCGCCAUUCCUUUCAAGUUAGAAUCAGAUUUCUCUGCAGGCUGGCGUGUGUGAUACUUCAUUUGGGUGCCUUCUGUUUCUCGUCUUCGUAAUUGUUUGUUUCGUUAUGUGGCUGUGUGCUUCUAGGAUCUUGAAGGAUUUUAGCUGGGCGUUGGAUUCAAGUCAUAGUUGACUAUUUUCUUGACGGAAGCAAAUUCACUAAAUCCUCUGAGCUAACCUGUCCUGUAAUUGCUUCGGAGCCUCUUUCUUAGUGAUAGGUUCCGAGGCAAAAAUUAUUCGAUCAGGCGCCAAAAUGGAUGUAAAUAGUUCGAAAGAUAUGGUUGGCGGUGACAUGUUGUCUUUGGCAGCUAUAGGUUCUUCUGAAGUUUCAGAGGCGACCCCUGAUUCGCUAAAAAACACGCCCUCUAACAUUGCAAAAUUGGAGGAUGUCAUCGAGCACUGCGAAGGUAGGCAGAAGUAUCUUGCACAGACAAGGAGUCCUUCCGACGGCGGCGAUGUUCGCUGGUAUUUCUGUAAAGUACCUUUGCUUGGGAAUGAGCUAGCAGCAUCAGUUCCUAAGACUGAAAUAGUUGGGAAGGGUGACUAUUUUCGAUUUGGCAUGAGGGAUUCUCUUGCAAUAGAGGCAUCUUUCUUGCAGAGAGAGGAAGAACUACUUUCUAUUUGGUGGAAAGAAAUUGCUGAAUGUAGUGAAGGGCCAAAAGAAAGAGCUGGUACUGGUCUGAGGCUCGAUAAACAAAGAUAUGAAUCUGCUUCGGAGGUUGCUAAAUUAAUCAAAUUGUAUGACAUUGAAGAAGAGCGAGUUGGUGUUCCUGUCAAAGGAGGACUCUAUGAGGUAGAUUUAGUGAAGAGACAUUGUUUUCCUGUUUAUUGGAAUGCAGAAAAUCGUCGAGUAAUGAGAGGCCAUUGGUUUGCUCGUAAAGGAGGACUUGAUUGGCUUCCACUUCGGGAGGAUGUUGCCGAACAGUUAGAAAUUGCUUAUCGUAGUCGGGUGUGGUGCCGGAGAACAUUUCAGCCAUCUGGACUUUUUGCAUCCCGAGUUGAUUUACAAGGAUCUACCCUAGGACUUCAUGCUCUUUUCACUGGGGAGGAUGAUACUUGGGAGGCUUGGCUGAAUGUUGAUGCUUCUGGUUUUUCUAGCGUGAUUAGUUUGGGUGGCAAUGGAAUUAAGUUAAGGCGUGGCUAUUCCCUGUCUAACGCUCCUAAACCUACUCAAGAUGAUUUGCGCCAGCAGAGGGAAGAAGAAAUGGACGAUUACUGUUCACAGGUUCCUGUUCGACACCUUGUGUUUAUGGUUCAUGGCAUUGGUCAAAGACUGGAGAAAUCUAAUCUAGUUGAUGAUGUUGGGAAUUUUCGGCAUAUUACAUCCAGUCUUGGAGAGCGGCACCUCACUUUCCACCAACGUAGCACUCAAAGAGUUCUUUUUAUCCCAUGCCAAUGGAGGAAGGGUCUGAAGCUUAGUGGUGAAGCUGCUGUUGAAAAAAUCACUUUAGAUGGAGUGAAGGGUUUGCGUGUCAUGUUGGGUGCGACUGCUCAUGAUGUUUUGUAUUACAUGAGCCCUAUAUAUUGUCAAGACAUCAUCAACUCGGUAUCUAACCAAUUAAACCGACUUUAUAUGAAGUUUCUUAGAAGGAAUCCAGGAUAUGAUGGAAAGGUUUCCAUAUAUGGGCACUCUUUGGGGAGCGUCCUUUCGUAUGAUAUCCUUUGCCACCAGGACAAUCUGUCGUCUCCUUUUCCAAUGGAUUGGAUGUAUGGGGAACAUACUAGAAGUGAAGGGUUCUCGGGGGUGGACAAUGAAUCCUUUACACAGAAUUCUUCUUGCAGUACGGGCGAUAAAUAUUCUACUGCAGUUUAUGGAUGUGCAGACAUUGCGCACUUUGCUGAAGAGGAAGAUGAGAGAAAUGUGAAUCAAAUGCAUCUGCAUAUGGAAGAGCCUUCCAUUGUUGUUGAUCCUACUACAUCACAUUCAUCUGAUUUCAUUUCUAAGCAAGAGAAUACUUAUGGGGAAGCUGAUUAUGAGUCCUGCAAAAGGAUUCCUCUAACAAGUGAUGGGUUUCAAAGGUUAAAUAAAAAUGGUAACUGCGACUUAGAGGAUCCCAGUGUAAAUAAAAUUGCUGAGCUACAACUUGAGAAUUCAGAAGAUAAAGAUGCAGUAAUCAAAUCCCUGGAAGAAGAGGUUGAUUGUCUUAAAAAGAAAUUAGCGGAGCUUGAAUUGAUGUCUGCUAAUAGGGAUACAGAUGGGGGAUUGAAUCAAGGAAAUAAGAAAAGUAUAGUUGGUAUGCCCAAGGAGCCUAUGUUAGAAGAGGAAACUCCUGAACAAGAUGAUGGAUCGAAGAGUUUUACUCCUUAUAUAAAGUACAAAAAGCUUGCAUUUAAGGUUGAUACAUUUUUUGCUGUUGGAUCUCCUCUUGGGGUCUUUCUUGCACUUCGUAAUAUCCGUAUUGGAAUUGGAAAAGGGAAAGCAUAUUGGGAUGAAGAAAAUAUAAGUGAAGAAAUGCCAGCUUGUCGACAAAUGUUUAACAUUUUUCAUCCAUUUGAUCCUGUAGCAUACAGUAUACCUUAUGGAGAACGUAUAAUGGAAGCUUUAUUGGAUUUAUACAGAAUAGAGCCACUUGUAUGCAAAGAGUACAUGCUCAAACGACCUGUUAUUAUACCAUUCCAUAGAGGUGGAAGGAGGUUGCAUAUUGGAUUUCGUGAAUUUACUGAUAACCUGGCUCUUCGUUCUCAGGCAAUAAAGGACGAUCUACACACUCUGGGGGUGAAGGUACUCACAGUUUGCCAAUCAAAACAAGCAGAUAGUCUAGAAGAAGGAGAUGAGAAUUUUCAAGAAGGAGAACUGAAGUGUUAUGGUGUUGCAAUGAUGGAGAGAUUGACAGGAAGUGAAGGAGGACGGAUUGAUCACAUGCUUCAAGAUAAAACAUUUGAGCAUCCAUAUAUGCAAGCCAUUAAGUCCCAUACAAACUACUGGAGAGAUCAUGACACUGCUCUUUUCAUAUUGAAACACUUAUAUCGAGAUAUACCUGAAGAUCCCGAUACACCUCCAGAAUAUACUGAAUCCGAUUCAAAUGAUUGCUGGUACAACCAAAGAGAAACUAUUGAAGAAGAGCUUUCUUUGACAUUUUCCGAUGAAAAUGUGGUACGAAACUUCUCUAGAAAAGCAAAGAAAAUGAUGAAAAAUCAUAGAUAGACAACAAGCAUCGAAAGGCAAUAGGCAAUAGGAAUAGCUACAACUUCUAAGGUUAGUGAAGGCUGAACGACCGGGAUUGGCAUGUUAAUGAAUAUGCAAAUUUCCACCUUAAAAAUGGGGAGAUUUGCUGUUGGCGGGCUUGGGGUCACUUUACUCAGUAUUCUCUCCUUUCUUUCCAUGUACAUAAAGAGGAAGACCAAAUGGGGAUCAUAAUAUGUAACUUGUAAAUUAAAACGUGUAAAUGAGGCCAAACUGCUGUUCUCUGACAGUAAUAGAAAGUAGGCAGGCGAAGAGGUUAAAGUAGCAAA